AUGGGCCUGUGGGGCGUACUUUGUUGUUUAAUCUUCGUGGGGAAAAGUUGGGGACAGGAACAAACGUAUGUCAUUUCAGCACCAAAAGUAUUCUGUGUUGGAGCAUCUGAAAAUAUUGUAAUUCAAGUUUAUGGAUACACUGAAGAAUUUGAUGCAACAAUAUCUAUCAAAAGUUAUCCUGACAAAAAAUUUACUUAUUCUUCAGGCCAUGUUAUUUUAUCCACAGUAAAUAAAUUCCAAAAUUCUGCACUCUUAACAAUACAACCCAAACAAUUAUCUGGAGGACAAGACCCGGUUUCACAUGUGUAUUUGGAUGUUGUAUCAAAGCAUUUUUCAAAAUCAAAAAAAAUGCCAAUAACCUAUGACAAUGGAUUCCUCUUCAUUCAUACAGACAAACCUAUUUACACUCCACACCAGUCAGUAAAGGUUAGAGUUUAUUCACUGAAUGAUGACUUGAAGCCAGCCAAAAGAGAAACUGUCUUAACUUUCAUAGAUCCUGAAGGAUCAGAAGUUGACAUGGUAGAAGAAAAUGAUUAUACUGGAAUUAUCUCUUUUCCUGACUUCAAGAUUCCACCUAAUCCUAAAUAUGGUGUAUGGACAAUUCGAGCUAAAUAUAAAGAAGACUUUUCAACAACUGGAACCGCAUAUUUUGAAAUUAAAGAAUAUGUGCUGCCACACUUUUCUAUCUCAAUAGAAACAGAAAAUAAUUUCAUUGGUUAUAAGGACUUUAAUAAUUUUGAAAUUACUAUAAAAGCAAGAUAUUUUUAUAAUAAAGUCAUCAACGAGGCUGACGUUUAUAUCUCUUUUGGAAUAAGAGAAGACUUAAAAGAUAAUCAAAAAGAAAUGAUGCAAAAAGCAAUGCAAAGCACAGUGUUGAUAAAUGGAAUUGCUCAAGUCACAUUUGACUCUGAAACAGCAAUUAAAGAAUUGUCCUAUGGCAGUCUAGAAGAUUUAAACAACAAGUACCUUUAUAUUGGUGUGACAGUCAUAGAGUCUACAGGUGGAUUUUCUGAAGAAGCAGAAAUUCCUGGCAUCAAAUAUGUCCUUUCUCCCUACAAACUGAAUUUGGUUGCUACUCCUCUUUUUGUGAAGCCUGGGAUUCCAUUUUAUGUCAAGGUGCAGGUUAAGGAUUCACUUGAUCAUUUGGUAGGAGGGGUCCCGGUGACCCUGAGUGCACAAAUGCUCGAUGUAAACCAGGAGAUAUGCGACUCGGAGUCAAAGCAAAGUGUAACACGUUCCAGUGAUGGAGUAGCUUCUUUUGUGGUGAAUCUCCCAUCUGAAGUGAUGGUGCUGGAGUUUAAAGUCAGGACCAAGGACCCAGACCUUCCAGAAGAAAAUCAGGCCAGCGAAGAUUACCGAGCAAUAGCAUAUUCAUCUCUCAGCCAAAGUUAUCUUUAUAUUGACUGGACUGAAAACUAUAAACUUUUGCUUGUGGGAGAACAUCUGAAUAUUGUUGUUACCCCCAGAAGUCCAUAUAUUGACAAAAUAACUCACUAUAAUUACUUGAUUUUAUCCAAGGGCAAAAUCGUUCACUUUGGCACAAGGGAUAAACUUUCAGAUUCAGAUUAUCAAAGUAUAAACAUUCCAGUGACACAGAACAUGGUUCCUUCAGCUCGUCUCCUGGUCUAUUACAUUGUUACAGGAGAACAGACCGCAGAAUUAGUGUCUGACUCAGUCUGGUUAAAUAUUGAAGAAAAGUGUGGCAACCAGCUCCAGGUUCAUCUGUCUCCAAGUGCAGAUACAUAUUCCCCUGGCCAACAUGUAUCUCUUAAUAUGGCAACUGAGUUGUAUUCCUGGGUGGCUUUAACGGCAGUGGACAGUGCUAUAUACGGGGUGCAAAGGACAGCCAAGAAACCCCUGGAAAGAGUAUUUCAAACUUUAGAGAAGAGUGACCUGGGCUGCGGGGCAGGUGGUGGCCGCAACAAUGCAGAUGUAUUCCACCUGGCUGGGCUCACCUUCCUCACCAACGCAAAUGCAGAUGACUCCCAAGAAAAUGAUGAACCUUGUAAAGAAAUUCUCAGGCCAAAAAGAACGCUGCAAAAGAAGAUAGAGGAAGAAGCUGCUAAAUACCAAUAUACAAAGUUGAAGAAAUGUUGUUAUGAUGGAGCCUAUCGUAAUGAUGAUGAAAACUGUGAGCAGCGAGCCGCUCGGAUUAAGAUAGGCCCAAGAUGCGUCAAAGCUUUCAAGAACUGUUGUGCCAUCGCAAGCCAGUUCCGUGCUAAUGAGACUCAUAAAAAUAUCCAAUUGGGAAGGCUACAUAUAAAGACUCUUUUACCAGUAACCAAACCAGAAAUAAGGACUUAUUUUCCAGAAAGCUGGUUAUGGGAAGUUCAUCAUGUCCCCAAAAGAAACCAGUUGCAGUUUGUGCUACCUGAUUCUCUAACUACCUGGGAAAUUCAAGGUGUUGGCAUUUCAAAUAGUGGUAUAUGUGUUGCUGAUACUCUCAAGGCAAAGGUGUUCAAAAAUGUCUUCCUGGAAAUGAAUAUACCAUAUUCUGUUGUACGAGGGGAACAGAUCCAGUUGAGUGGAACUGUUUACAACUAUAGAACAUCUGGAAUUCUGUUCUGUGUUAAAAUGUCUCCCGUGGAGGGAAUCUGUUCAUCGGGAAGUCCAGACAUUGACCCUCAGGGGAAAAGUUCCUCCAAAUGUCUGCCCCAGAGAAUAGAGGGCUCCUCCAGCCACUUGGUGACCUUCAGCGUGCUUCCUCUGGAAAUCGGCCUCCACAACAUCAGCUUCUCACUGGAGACUUCUGUUGGAAACGAAAUCUUAAUAAAAACAUUACGAGUGGUGCCGGAAGGUGUCAAAAGGGAAAGUUAUGCUGGCACUACUCUGGACCCAAAGGGUAUCUAUGGCGUCAUUAGUAGAAGAAAGGAGUUCCCAUACAGGUUACCAUUGGAUUUGGUCCCCAAAACAAAAGUCAAAAGGAUUGUGAGUGUAAAAGGACUGCUUAUAGGUGAGGUCAUGUCUGCAGUUCUGAGUCAGGAAGGCAUUGAUAUCCUUACCCACCUCCCCAAAGGGAAUGCAGAGGCAGAACUGAUGAGCACUGUCCCAGUAUUCUAUGUUUUUCACUACCUGGAAGCAGGAAAUAAUUGGAACAUUUUUUCUGCUAACUCAUUAACUCAAAAACAGAACUUGAAGAAAAAAUUAAAAGAAGGGAUGGUGAGCAUCAUGUCCUUCAGAAAUACUGACUAUUCUUACAGCAUGUGGAAGGGUGGAAGUGCUAGCACUUGGCUAACAGCUUUUGCUUUAAGAGUACUUGGACAAGCAAGUAAAUAUAUAGAUCAGAACCAAAAUUCAAUCUGUAAUUCUUUAUUGUGGCUGGUUGAGAACUGUCAACUAGAAAAUGGAUCAUUCAAGGAAAAUUCCGACUAUCAACCAAUAAAAUUACAGGGUACCUGGCGCAUUGAAGCCCAAGAGAAAACUUUAUAUCUUACGGCCUUUGCUGUGAUUGGAAUUAGAAAGGCCUUUGAUAUAUGCCCUCUGGAGAAAGUCAGCACGGCUGUAACUAAAGCUGACACCUUUCUGCUUGAAAAUACCCUCUCGACCCAGAGUACUUUUACACUGGCCAUUGCUGCUUUUGCUCUUUCCCUGGGAGAUAAAACACACCCACAGUUUCGUUCAAUUGUCUCAGCUCUGAAGAAGGAAGCUUUGGUUAAAGGUAAUCCACCAAUAUAUCGUUUUUGGAAAGAUGAUCUUCAACAGGAAGACAGCUCUGCACGUUAUACCAGCACAGCACACAUGGUAGAAACCACAGCCUAUGCCUUACUUACCAGCCUGAGCUUGAAAGACAUGAAUUACGCUAAUCUAAUCAUCAAAUGGCUAUCAGAAGAGCAGAGGUAUGGAGGUGGCUUUUAUUCGACCCAGGAUACAAUUAAUGCCAUCGAAGGCCUGACAGAGUAUUCACUCUUGGUUAAAAAACUCCGCUUGAAUAUGGAUAUCAAAGUUUCUUACAAGCAUAAAGGUGACCUCUACCAUUAUAAGAUGACAGAGAAGAAUUUCCUUGGGAGGCCAGUAGAGGUGCCUUUCAAUGAUGACCUUGUUGUCCUAAGUACUGGACAAAACAAUGGCUUGGCUACAGUGCAUGUAAAAACUGUGUUUCACAAAACCAGUACCUCUGAGGAAAUUUGUAGCUUCCAGUUGAAAAUUGAAACCCAGGAAAUUGAAGCCCGCGGCUACAGCAACUCGGAAUACAAACGCAUAGUGGCAUGUGCCAGCUACAAGCUCAGCAGUGAAGAAUCAUCAUCUGGGUCCUCCCAUGCAGUGAUGGAUAUCUCUUUGCCUACUGGAGUCAAUGCAAACCCAGAAGACUUAAAAGCUCUUGUGGAAGCGGUGGAUCAACUAUUAACUGAUUAUGAAAUCAAAGAUGGACAUGUUAUUCUGCAACUGAAUUCAAUUCCUUCCAAUGAGUUCCUUUGUGUUCGAUUCCGGAUAGUUGAACUUUUUCAAGUUGGGUUUCUGAGUCCUACUACUUUCACAGUGUAUGAGUACCACAGACCAGAUAAACAGUGCACCAUGUUUUAUAGCAUGUCCCAUACCAAACUUCAGAAAGUCUGUGAAGGAGUAAUGUGCAAAUGUGUCGAAGCUGACUGUGGACAAAUGCAGACAGAACUGGAUCUGACAAUCUCUGCAGCUACUAGAAAAGAAACAGCAUGUAAACCAGAGAUUGCAUAUGCUUAUAAAGUUAAGAUCAUAGCCAUCACUGAAGAAAAUGCUUUUGUCAAAUAUACUGCAACCCUCCUGGAUAUCUACAAAGCUGGAGAAGCUGCUGCUGAGAAAGACUCUGAAAUCACCUUCAUUAAAAAGACAACCUGUGUUAACGCUGACCUGGAAGAAGGAAAACAGUACCUAAUUAUGGGUAAAGAGGGCCUGCAGAUAAAAUACAAUUUCCGUUUCAAGUACAUCUACCCGUUAGAUUCCUUGACCUGGAUUGAAUAUUGGCCCACAGACACCGGGUGUCCAUCUUGCCAAGCAUUUUUAGCGAAUCUAGAUGAGUUUACUGAAGACAUCUUUUUAAAUGGCUGUGAAAAUGCCUAA